CCCGUUGCAGGCUCCAUUAUAUCAUUGUUUCAUCCCCCUUUCCUUUCUAUCGCACUUUCUCGCCGUGUUGUCAUUCCGUCGUGUUCCGUGUUCUGUGCUGGUUUGCCGUGGUGUUUCGGUCUAUCCCUCUCUCUUCGCGCAUCGCUUUGCGCUAGGUGACGCGCUCGCGCUCACGUGUGUUUGUGCGUUGCUUUGAUAAACGACACCCCCCCCCCCCGCCCCUUUUCCGACCUUUUCAAACCUCUUUUCCAUCCUUCAUUCUUCCCACCUCGACACUCCUGUUCGAAUACCAUUGCAAACGAGGAGGAGCCCUCGAGUGUCUUCGACGAGUGAGUGUGUUUGCUUCAAAAGGCAACGUCUUGUGUGGCUGUGUGCGUUUUGUUUUUGGGUGUUGUUUUUGUUUGGCUGGAACCGAUCGGGUACGAGACGACGAGGCAUAAAAUACAGCCUCCACCAAAAAUGUUUGUGGCCAUCGGUUGCUCGCGGCACCGAAGCGCGACAAGGUGGCGUGACGUGGUGGUGGUACGCCGCCAAAAGUGCGAGUGUUGAAUGGAAGUGGAAUGCUGUGAUGAAGGGAAGAAAACAACAAAAACAAAAACCAAAGAUCGUAUUGGGGUGGAUUUACCAAAAGCAAAACGCGGAACUGUUGGGAAUGUCUUUCGGAAGUGAGUUUGUCGAGCGUGUUCGGAAUGGUGAUGCGUAAAACGAGUUUCUGCCCCAAACUAAGGCGACAACGACGGCCGAACGCAAAUGAAAACUUUGGUGAACAUAUAGCCCCGAACAGUGAUGUGUGUAUGUGUUUUUUCUCGUCUAUCGUGAACACCAACGGCUGGAGUGAUCGAGUUUGUACAAGAUCGUCCACCUGACACUGACCCUUACGCAUCUGUGUACGGGGUGUUUGCCUUCGUGCCAGCGACGCAGCUCUACCAGAUACUAACGCGUAGUUGUUCCAAGGAGGACAUCUAACACGGAAUAAGAUUCGCAUCCUCAGCUGCUGGCUAAUCGCGGUGCAGUUGAUCUCAGUAUAAUCGGGUCAGCGCAAAAAGAAUGUGGUGCACCAGCUCCAGACGGAAACGACGAAAGUGAAUUCGCUAGCAGGGUUGAACUGAUUAUUUUUCAUCCAGUGUGUAAAGUCUGUGAUAGUUUUACAAAAGCUCCGUUCUGUUCAAUCUUCAGCAACAUCAGUAUCCGAGUGUCACCGAAUGGUUGUAUUAGUAGUGCAGUAGCGUUAGGAAGUGAACCUUAUUCCACCACUUGUGUUGUGUAAAGUUUUGGUGUUAAUACGUUGUGCGUUCAGAGAAGGCGAAUGGUACGUUUACUUGUGGUCGGUAGCUUGAAUCAAGCGUAAGAACAAGCAAACAUGUGCUGCAAAUGUAUUUUUAGUUGCUGGGAAGACUUUUACUGGAAUUGUAUUGAGGAAAAAUUCUGCUUCGACGAAUCACUUGUUAACUACGAUCCGGACGAGGAUGAGCAUGCGGCCAAGAACAAGAACAAAAACGGGUACUACGGCAGCCCGGCGGGCGACUCGGGCGAAAACAACAAUGCACCAAUCUGCCGGCAGCCGGGCGUUUCGUCCGGCAUUCCUCGCAACAUGUCGAUGAGCUCAAAAAUACACGAGGACGACCUGCGGCGUGAAAUUCAAACCAACGUUCCAAUGCUGGCACCGGAAGUGAUGGCCAUCUUUGCUAAUUCGCAAAUUUUCCAAUCCAGCGCACCGCCGAAGCAGCCGACGUCCAAAGCGACCUCACCGGCGUCGGUGAAGUUUGCCAUUUCCGAUUCCGGUUCACCGAUCGAGGUGACACCGGUGGGGGCGUCCACCGCGGGCAACCGUACCGCCGGCGAAAGCGAACAGUCGGCCGCGCCGGCACUGCACCAGGACGGUGCCGAAGGUCGGGAGCUCAGCUCCGAUAAGCUUCUCCAGCGGCUCGAAGGUAGCAGCGGCAGCUCGCUCGACGAACGGGACAGCCGGAUCGUCGUUAUACCGGCCAUCGUCGAGGAGGACGACGGUUCGGACGAGGGAUGGCAUGAUUCGGAAGUUGUCCUGCGACCGCCCCGCAACUUCUCCGAGCUUAGCCUGUCGAAAUCGAUACCGAGCAACAAAACGAUUAGCCAUCUGCAGGCCGACCUGCCCUACUUUUCGAUCCGUCCGGCCAGCGAAAACGACAUCUUCACGAUAUCGUCCGGCGGGGGAGGUGCUGGCGGUGCCGGAGGUGUCGGUAGUGGUGGUGGUGCUAGUGGUGGUGCCGGUGGUAGCACGUACAACUCCAUCAGCAUGACCCCGGAGGUGCCGGCCAUCUCGUACUCGAACCUGCCGAAGAACUACCUCGAGACGCCGGUGAUCGAGAAGUACCGGGAGUCGGUCAGCCUGUACUCGAUCCAGACGGCGGGCAUCAAUCGACAGUCGCAGACGGACGAUCUGUCGAUGCCACGGUACUACGGCAAGUCGGACCUGUUCGUGUCCGGCAUCGAUCGGGCGAACAGUCGCAGCGCUGAUGCGGUGGAGAUGGGCCGGUCGGACGAUGGCAGCGGUUCGCUUACGUUUAGCAGCAGCUCGCUGGCCAAGGGUGGUGGCCGGUCGCGCAAUGUGGAGCGCAGCAAGCGGCUGAUGAAUCUGCGCACCGCUUUGCCACCGCUAAAUUUGGGCCUGGUCCGCGGCAGCUCGGCAUCGAAUUUGCGCGAUCGGCGCGAGGAUCGGGAAUCGCGCGAACGGGACAAAUCGGAGAAGCGCAAGGAAGGGCUGCGUGUUUAGGGCGCUGCGUAUCGUUGAAGGGGCAGUGUUUACUUAAGAGGGGAAGGAAGAAUUCCGCGUGCCACACAGUACAGUAUACGGUUUGGGGAAGGUGGUUUGUAGAGCCAGUCUCCAUCCAGGAUCAAGAUUUGCUGCUUAACGAUUAGUUUUUGUUUUAAAUGUGUUACAAGGAGGUAUGUUUUGUUGUUGUAGUUUUAUGAAUUAAAUGAAAGUUUAACUUAAAGGUAAAGCGGCGUAGCUGAGCCAUUCUCGUAUAGAGGGAGUUUCAAGCGAGAGAGACAAAAUGAAUUCCAGAGAGAUACAAUUGUAAGAUACAUUUCAA